AUGCUUAAGUUUGAGGAAGAACUUAUGUGCCCCAUUUGUUAUAGCAUAUUUGAGGAUCCUCGAGUCCUGCCAUGCUCCCAUACGUUUUGCAGAAAAUGUCUGGAAAAUGUUCUUCAGGUAUCCGAGAAUGUCUUCAGGCAGAGUAUCAUGACUUGUCCUACUUGCAGGUAUUUAGUUGAAUUCCCUCCCCGUGGCAUUGACUCUUUGCCCAUCAACUUUGCCCUGAGGGCUAUUAUUGAAAAAUGCAAGAAGGAAGAUCACCCAGAUGGCAUCACAUGCCCUGAGCACUUCAGCCAGCCACUCAACAUGUACUGCCUGCAGGACCGCCAGCCGGUGUGUGGCCACUGCCUUACCAUCGGCCAGCACCAAGGACAUCCCAUCGAAGACCUUCAGAGUGCCUACAAGAAAGAAAAGGAGGAGCCCCUGAAACUCUUCAAACAGUUGACUGAAGGUCCCUUGGGAGAUGUCUCUCUGCUCAUUGAAAAGUUAGAGGAGCAGAAAUCCCAUGUGGAGCAAAUUAUCCAAAGUGAUAAAGAAACCGUCCUCCAGUAUUUUAAGGAGCUUAAUGGUAUCUUGGACCUGAAAAAAAAUGCUUUACUCUCUUCCUUGGAUGACACUAGGAGGGAGAUUGAUAAAGAAUACACUCCACAAAUUGAUAGAAUGAAAGAAAUAAGAGAAGAGUAUAUCAAAUUACAGUCAUGCACUGCCUUUUUGGGAGACGAGGAGUCACCACUUAAGUUCCUGGAAAAAUUCCAUAGUGUUCGUCAGUGGGCACAGGCACUGAAACAAAAAAAGGUGCCCAGUGUUCAGCCUCUUGAGAUUUGUCCCCAUGAGAUUUGUCCCCGCAUCGGCUCCAUCCUGAAUGAAGAAUGGGCCAGAACUGAAAUCAGUGAAAUAAAAAAACUUGAGGUUCCAAAAAUAAAGCUCUCUGUCCAAAGGAUACAAUGCAUCCCUGAGGAAGAGGAGGCCUUGGUGGAGGAGGACUUGGAGGAGGCAGAGGAGGCCUUGGAGGAGGAUGUGGAGGAGGCAGAGGAAGCCCUGGAGGAGGAGGAGGAAGAGGAAGCCCUGGAGGAGGAGGAGGAAGAGGAAGCCCUGGAGGAGGAGGAGGAAGAGGAAGCCCUGGAGGAGGAGGAGGAAGAGGAAGCCCUGGAGGAGGAGGAGGAAGAGGAAGCCCUGGAGGAGGAGGAGGAAGAGGAAGCCCUGGAGGAGGAGGAGGAAGAGGAAGCCCUGGAGGAGGAGGACGAGGAAGCCCUGGAGGAGGAGGACGAGGAAGCCCUGGAGGAGGAGGACGAGGAAGCCCUGGAGGAGGAGGACGAGGAAGCCCUGGAGGGGGAGGACGAGGAAGCCCUGGAGGGGGAGGACGAGGACUCGGGGGAGGACUCGGACAAGGGGGAGGACUCGGACAAGGGGGAGGACUCGGACAAGGGGGAGGACUCGGACAAGGGGGAGGACUCGGACAAGGGGGAGGACUCGGACAAGGGGGAGGACUCGGACAAGGGGGAGGACUCGGGGGAGGACUUGGACGAGGACUCGGACUCGGACUCGGAGGACUCGGGGGAGGACGAGGGUGAGGACUCGGACGAGGACUCGGGGGAGGACGAGGACCUGGACUCGGACUCGGACGAGGACUCGGAAGAGGACCCGGGGGAGGAAGAGGACGAGAACCUGGACGAGGACUCAAAGAUUUUCAGCACUUUAAUGCUGACAGUUAUUUCAGGGAUAUGGAUGUUUUUGUUAACCUUGUGGACUUUCUCAGUGCCUACAUGA